AAUCUUAGGAUAUUUAUUCCAAUCCACUUUUUCAUACCUACGUAAAUUUACAAUGAGGUUUACAGCGAAUGUGUGCUUCUGUCAGCCCUGUGCAGCGCUGGUAGAGAAAGCUAUUGAGAGCUGGUUGUAGAGCUGUCCAGCUGGUGCAGGACGGCUGAACCGGGGUAGGAUUCCCGUCGAGCGUGAUUGACAUGAGAGUGCUGACGAAGGCGGGCAGUUUGCUAGUGGAAUUGAAACGACCGACACGGAUUAUUUUGAAAUCCCCUUGAAAGAAAUGAGAGAACAUGAAAAUAUAGACUAUUUGUCUUUGGUAUAACGGUGAUGUGGAUAUCAAUGAGGUUAGUUGUCAGUGUAAUGCUGGUGUCCUUGGUGACAGGGCACAGUGAAAAUCGUGUGAAUAACAUUUAAAAUUGGGAGACCAGUAGGUUGGAUAUAUAAACCAGUAGGCUAGAAAGGAAACCAGUUUAAUCAGCGCCUCAAUCAAAAAAUGAUGGACUACAGAGAAGUGAACGCGGCAACAAAACCACCAAUAGGCAGGCGGAUGAAGUCGCGGGCCCCCCCUCCCCCCCCGGCUCCAGAGCCCGCUCCCCGCAGGAUCUUCCGUAACGCGGUGCCCGACGGAGGAGGUCCGGUGGGGCUGGAGGCCCGGGACAACACCCUGAGGCCCAGCCUGGACAUCCAGAUCACCCUGCCUCAUGGACACCAGACCAACAGCACCGUGGACGGCAGCAAGGCGUUGAUGGACCUGCUGGUGGAGUUGUGCGGCCAGUACCACCUGAACCCGUCCUACCACACCCUGGAGCUGCUGGGUUCGGAGGGCCAGGCCGUGGGCUUCAAGCCCAACGCCCUGCUGGGCACCCUGGACGUGGCCUGUGUCCUCAUCAAGGAGAAGGUCUGGGAGGAGAGGGUGCAGAGGAAGCCGGCGCCAAAAGUGCCUGAGAAAACGGUGCGCCUGGUGGUGAACUACAGACGCAGCCAGAAGACUGUGCUUAGGGUGAACCCCCUGCUGCCUCUGCAGUCGUUGCUCUCCCUCAUCUGCAACAAGGUGGAGUCUGAUCCCGCCCACGCCCUGCUGCUAUUGGACAACGUGAGCCACCGGGAGCUGCCAUUGGACAAGAGCCUCAGCGAGCUGGGGAUUCGAGAGUUAUACGUACUGGACCAGAGUUUAGUUCUCCAACUUAAAACGGCUUCUGCACCUGUUCUUAACUGCUCAGAGUCUCUCUCCUCUAGCUCUCUGGGGUCCGGUUCCACGGAGAAGAAAGGCCUUCUGGGAUUGUUCACGUUCAGCCGCAGGAAAUCCAAGACUGAAUCCCAGCCGACUGUGGAUAUGGAUGGCCAUGAUGACAGUUUAACACAAAAUACUGACAAAAACUCUAAUGGCCUGUCUGGGACCUGCGGGGGUGGGUGUGUAGAAGCGCGCCCCAGCACACUGGGUCAGUCCCAGUCUGUGAUGAACAUCUCCAGGAUGUCCCCCAAGGUGGAGCCCAAGAAGAGGAGGGCCCCAGCCCCGCCCGGCCCCACGCCCACCCCACACCUGCAGCACCACAGCCUGGACGCCUACCAGGUGACUCCAGGCUCUCAGUACUCAGAGAGCCUUCAGAUGAAGAGGAAGGCUCCUGCUCCCCCUCCCACCCCCUCCUCUGUGACCCCCGCCCCAGACACUCCCUCCUCUGCCCCUUCCACCCUCACCUCCACCCCUGCCCCCAGCUCUCCCGCCUCCAGCACCCCGGCCGCCAGCCUCCUUGCCCAGGACUCGGGCUCAGAGCUCAGCCACAGCACCAGCGACGACUCGGAGGCCGCUGGUUCUCUCUGCAGCAGCAGCAGUAGCAGCCUGGCGGCUGGCCACGCCCCCGGCCACGCCCCCGGCAACGCUCCCGGCAAUGCUCCCGGCAACGCCCGCAGCAGUCAGGCUGGCCCUCGGAAACACAGCCCCAUCCCCAGCUCUGGGUCAGAGGAGGCGGAGUCAACGAUCAGCCUGAAGGUGGACGAGACGGAGAACAACAGACACAGCACCCUAGGUGCAGAGCGUCCAGUGCCGCUCAAACCUCGUCGGACAUCGGCCCAGCUUUCCUCCCCCACUCCCCCGCUCUCUCCCCCCUCUCUCUCAGAGCCUCGGGCCACCCUGGAGGAGAAGGAGCAGCACCAGUCCUGGCUGUACUCGCGGCGGCGCUCCGUGGACGGACACACCCCGGACACAGACGAGGAGGAGGCGGCUUCGCUGGCCAGCAGCAACAGCCUCCAGGACCAGGGCUACGCCGCGUCCGAGGGCACGGGGGAGGUGGAGGAGCCGAGGGCGGUCGGCUCGCCCGCCGACGGAGGCCUCUCGCGGGGGCCGGGGGGAGGUCAGGUCCAGGACCCGCCCGGCGACGGCUCCAGUGACAGCGACGAAGGUUGUGCCACCUGGGGCUCCAGGCACAGACACAGCAGAGAUGCCAUCCACAGGACGAAAGCGGGCAGAUCUGAGGGCAGCUAUGACGAGGACCCAGAGCUCCCGCUGGCCAGGCUGGAUGAUGAGCUAGCAGUGCAAGAGAAAACUUGCUCCUUAUCUCCUGAGAGUAACGAGAUUCCGGUGUCGGCGGUGGAUCUGGACGUCCCGGUGACGGCCAUAGACGAGGUCCUGGAGGAGUACGAACAGAGCGAGGCGGAGCAGCGGCGGGCAGAACCCGAGACGGCGCCCGCGGGCCACCACUCCACGCAGAAGCCUGGCGACGUGGGCCGGAACAGGAACAACAAUGCUGGCUCGUCCUGCGGCCGAAACCAGGCCAGCAGCGCUCAGACGGGACCCCUCUACAUGCCCAGGAGCGAGCCUCGUACACAGGGUUACAGCGCAGAGAAGGAGAAACCAGCUCCGGGGACGACAACUAAACCACAGCUCCAGAGGCAGAAGGCGACCGCGGACGCUGACCCUAAUCCCGGGAACUCCCGCAAGCUCCAUGGUCCAGAGGACGGCCCGAACUCUCUCCCCUCCAGCCACUCCCAAACUGCCAAGAAAGCGGAGGGAGGUCCUGCCUACAGAAGCCAUUCCUCGUCCAGUAAAAUAACCCACAGCCCCGUGUCUCGAUUCGGAAUGAAGACGUUCACCGUUGUCCCUCCCAAGCCAACGGUGGCCCCGACACCGGCCCCCACCGCCCCCACGAACGGAGCCAUCAAGAUCGACGAGCUGGGCAACAUGGUCCGAGUGGACCUGCACAGGAACAUGUUCGGAGUUUCCUCCGAGUCAGGCAUCAGUGUGGAGUCUCCUCUCCUGGGCCGAGCCAAGGCCUUCUGGAGCUCAACCGAGAAACAGGAAGCUGCUGCCCUGGCUCCCAGCAGAGGGCCCAGCAUGAGGGCGAGGGAGAAGACCGAAGGAGAUCAGAAAACAUCUCUUGUCACCGCCGCUUCGGGCGCUGCAGGGGGAGUCAGGCUGGAGGAACGUACUGGGGAGGUUGCAAAGGAGGGCUGUGCUGAAUCAGAUGGAAACCUUCCGGAAACCUCACAGCAGCCCGUCAGCCUGCCUGUCAAACCUGUGUCCGUCCCGGACAAGAGAGACCUGUCGUUCCUGAAACCCUCCAGGAGAACGUCCAGCCAAUAUGUGGCGUCGGCCAUCACUAAACACACAGCCAAACCCCCUGCUCAUGUUGUCAACAUCACCAGGAUCCCAGAAUCGUCUGUCCCUGGGAAAAAAGGUGCCUUCAGCUCUCUGGAAGAAGGCCGGCCCGUUCAGCGGACUCCAUACCUGCCUUCUCACAAACCUGAGAGCUCUUCAGGCGAGGGCAGAGGAACGACCGACUUGAACUCUCACUCUGGAGGUCCUAAAAGGUCAACUAGCUACUCUGACAGCAGCACAGAGAGGCAGGAGUCUGGGGCACUGAGGCCGGAUAGGGGAGGCUUAACUACCGCCUCAGCCAGAGGGACCUCUAACACCGCCAACCCUAAACCCGCCCUGCCUGCAGCCCACACCUCUGCACCGAAACAAACCACCCUGAACUCCCACAGUAAACAGACUCCGGUCCAUGACCAGGCCCUGGCCCAGAAGCGGGACGCCCCGAGCAUCCAGACCACCACUCUCCGGCCCCACGUGGCCCCCCACCCAGAGGCUCCUCCCCCAGGGGAGCUGCAGAUCUCCGGGGGCGUGCCCCUCCCAGAUCCCCAGCAGCUGAACAACGUGUUUGGCCCCGUGAAGAAGUUCAAGCCGGUGAUCCUGAAGUCGGUGGAGAAGGAGACGACACUGCACUCGUCUCUGAUGGAGGCCAUCCAGACGAACGGAGGCAGGGACCGUCUGAGGAAGAUCGCUAACGGCGGCAGCGUGGCGGUCAAGACGUCAUCCUUCGUGGAGGAGGAGAGCGAGAGGUCUGCGCUGCUGGCGGCCCUCAGAGCUCCUAGCAGCUCCGGGAGGCUGAGGAAGACCCACUGUGAGGCAGCAGAUGAGCUGGAGCAGUCCAGGAGAACUGAAGUGGAGAAACACCAUGUUCCCUCUCCUCCUUCCCCUUCCCACUCUGUCCCUCUCCAUCCCUCCAUGAUGCCCCCCCCUCCUCCCUCCAUGAUGCCCCCCCCUCCUCCUCCUCCCUCCAUGAUGCCCCCCCCUCCGCCCCCUCCCUCCGGCCAGCCCAGUCCCAGCGCGGGGGGGAAUCCUGUCCUGGCUCGGGAGGCCAUGCUGGAGGCCAUACGGUCUGGCAGUGCUGCUGACCGCCUCAAGAAGGUCACCGCUCCUUCGAAAACAGUCAAAGUGAACGGUCGUCUGGGUAUCAUGCAGGCCUCGUUGUCCCUCGCUCAGGGACAAUAACCACUUCAUCAAAACAUCCACAACCUGCUAAACCAUCAGACUGGAACUCGCAGGCUGCCAAACAAUGCCUAGCGCUUCAAGUCGAGUUGCUGUUCUUCCUGGUGUUUUGCGAUGUGUACUUGAGAAAGUGCUGUAACUGGAAGGAGUGAUGAGAAUGUGCCAUUUGUUUUUUUUUUCUCUUUUGCAAAUAGAAAUAUAUUUAUUAGCGGCUCGUGGUUAACAAUUAUAUAUGAGAUGCUCUAAAGAUGAUUUUUUUUUUUUUAGGUAAAUGUUUUGUAUUUUUCCUAAACCUUUUUAAGAGUGUUGUUGAACUGAUGCCUCGAGCUGUGUUAUUGUCAGUGUUACCAUUGACGCAGACUACAAUAAGCUGCCAAGCUCUACACAAGGAGCUUCCAGAGCAUGUGCUGCUGGUGCCUCCCAGCCCUCUCCUCCCUCUCCUCCCAGCCCUCUCCUCCCAGCCCUCUCCUCCCUCUCCUCCCAGCCCUCUCCUCCCUCUCCUCCCAGUCCUCUCCUCCCAGCCCUCUCCUCCCAGCCCUCUCCUCCCAGCCCUCUCCUCCCUCUCCUCCCAGCCCUCUCCUCCCUCUCCUCCCAGCCCUCUCCUCCCAGCCCUCUCCUCCCAGCCCUCUCCUCCCAGUCCUCUCCUCCCAGCCCUCUCCUCCCAGCCCUCUCCUCCCAGCCCUCUCCUCCCAGCCCUCUCCUCCCAGCCCUCUCCUCCCAGCCCUCUCCUCCCAGUCCUCUCCUCCCAGCCCUCUCCUCCCAGCCCUCUCCUCCCAGCCCUCUCCUCCCAGUCCUCUCCUCCCAGCCCUCUCCUCCCUCUCCUCCCAGUCCUCUCCUCCCAGCCCUCUCCUCCCAGCCCUCUCCUCCCAGUCCUCUCCUCCCAGCCCUCUCCUCCCAGUCCUCUCCUCCCAGUCCUCUCCUCCCAGUCCUCUCCUCCCAGCCCUCUCCUCCCAGUCCUCUCCUCCCAGUCCUCUCCUCCCAGUCCUCUCCUCCCAGCCCUCUCCUCCCAGGCCUCUCCUCCCAGUCCCCUCCUCCCAGUCCUCUCCUCCCUGCCCUCUCCUCCCAGUCCUCUCCUCCCAGUCCUCUCCUCCCAGCCCUCUCCUCCCAGUACUCUCCUCCCUGCCCUCUCCUCCCAGCCCUCUCCUCCCAGUCCUCUCCUCCCAGUCCUCUCCUCCCAGUCCUCUCCUCCCUGCCCUCUCCUCCCUGCCCUCUCCUCCCAGUCCUCUCCUCCCAGUCCUCUCCUCCCUGCCCUCUCCUCCCUGCCCUCUCCUCCCAGUCCUCUCCUCCCAGUCCUCUCCUCUCUGCCCUCUCCUCCCUGCCCUCUCCUCCCUACCUUCUGCCCUGGUGAUGCUGCCGUUUACCCGCUUCACAUCUGGAUCAUUUUCUGAUGAUUUAUUUUACAGAGCCUUUUGAUGAUGUAUCUGAUAUUCAUAGAAAACUAUCACUAAUCCUAUCCAUGACAUCUCAAAUCAUUUUGAAGCAUUGGUACUUAGUUAUGUAUAUAUAACAGCCAGUAUCGUCAUGACUUUUGAGAUAGUUUAGUAAUGAACAGUAGCGAGUAGCUGCCUUUCAACGUCUCUGUUCUGGAGGAACUUUGUCAGCAGCAGCAUCUGUGGACCACCCUGACCUAAGCUAAUGCCCGCUCUGUAUGAGACACACGUGCAAUGUGUUCAGCAGUAAUGAUUAAAAACUAAAUAAUGUAAAUAAAAAGCCCAGUAUUAAGGAGACAUGUUCAUACACCCUGACACGAUACUGCAUACUGAGAGGGGUGAUCCCUCUGGGUGUAAAAACACACACACACACAGGUGCGGGCUGAGUGUCACAGCUCUGAGUCUCCAAACAGGAAGUGACACGUACUACUGAGUGGCCUUUGGUGAAAGUAGCUUUGAAAUUGACUUCCUCUCUCUCGCAUGUAACCGACUUGAGCCGAAGGAUAUAGGAUUCUAGAACCAUUCCAGAUGUUCUGGUUCUUUCCAUGGGUUUCAUGUUCUUCCUGUUAUCCCGUUCUCCUCUGUAUCCAUCUGUGUACGUUGUAAAUUAGAGAGACGUUAUUACAUUAUGAAGUCCUACUGGGAAACAUGAUCAUGUAAUGAUGUAGCGUGGAUCUUCUGGUUUUCUGUUAAGUGCACAUUAUUCUGGGUUAGGAUUGCACAUGGCUUUCUAAACUUGAGUUUUGAUUCAAUAAAUUAUUAUUUAAAUCA